GUUUCUGCGCUUUGCAACACUACAGGACGACAGCUCACCAAAAAAUUUGCUGCUGUGAUUUUGUUUUACAAUUUUGGUUUAAAUUUUUACAUUUUUGUUUGGCGGAGAGCGCGGUCCGAAUGCAGCUGGUAGACGGUUAAACAAAGUGCGCAAUUUCCAUGCAAAAGUGUAACAAAACGGCAGCAGACGAGCAAAAACAGCACGCCAAGCAAAAACGAGUUCGAGUUGGAUAUUCCAGCUACUACGGUCUUUGACGAGAUUGUGUGAAAAAUUCCUUAGCUUUCAAUUGCCCCGAAAAUGGUUGAUAAAUUCAUAAGCAUGUGGAAAGUGCGCGAAUUGGCGGACAAAGUCACCAAUGUCGUGAUGAACUACACGGAGACGGAGGGUAAAGUGCGGGAGGCCACCAACGAUGAUCCUUGGGGCCCCACGGGCCCUCUGAUGCAAGAGCUUGCCUACGCCACCUUCUCCUACGAAACUUUCCCGGAGGUGAUGUCCAUGCUGUGGAAGCGCAUGCUGCAGGACAAUAAAACCAAUUGGCGUCGCACCUACAAGAGCCUGCUUCUGCUGAACUAUUUGGUGCGCAACGGCUCUGAGCGAGUGGUGACAUCCUCGCGGGAGCACAUCUACGAUCUGCGCUCGCUGGAGAACUACACGUUUACCGACGAGGGCGGCAAGGAUCAGGGUAUUAAUGUUAGGCAUAAGGUACGAGAGCUUAUAGACUUCAUUCAGGAUGAUGAUCGACUGCGCGAGGAGCGCAAGAAGGCGAAGAAGAACAAGGACAAGUACAUCGGCAUGAGCAGCGAUGCGAUGGGUAUGCGAGGCAGUGGCUACAGCGGCUACAGUGGUGGUGGCGGCAGUGGAGGUGGUGGCUACAACGAUGGCGACUAUCGCUCCAGUCGCGGAGACAAUUGGUAUUCUGACAAGAGCAACGCGGAUCGGUAUGAAGAUGAUGAUACUCACUACGAUGGCGAGCGCGAAGGAUCCGACAGCGACUCACCCAGUCCAAGACGUAAUUAUCGCUACAAUGACCGAGCGAGUCCCGCCGAUGUGGCCACCGAAGCUAAGCCCUCGAGUCUUAACAUGAACAUCCGUUCAAAGGCUGUCAGCUCGCCGGUGUCCAAACAGCCAACACCGGCUACCUCUAAGCAGGCUCCAUCGCAGAAGAAGAUUGAUCUUGGAGCGGCGGCUAACUUCGGGAAACCCGCACCAGGCGGAGCGGCCGGAAUCCACUCGCCCACACACCGCGACACACCCACCAGCGUAGACCUGAUGGGCGCCGGCUCACCAGCCUCUGCCUCUAAGGCCAACAACAAUACGCAAAGCAAUAGUAACGAUCUACUGGAUGAUCUGUUCAAGACCUGCUCGCCCACGCCGCAAAAGCAAUCGGAGAAGACACUGAACCCCGGCCCAGUCACUGAUGACGAAGACGACUUUAACCCGCGUGGGGGGGACGCUGGUCAGCAAGACUUUGGCGACUUUGCCUCGGCGUUCGGAGGACCGACUGCCGAACCACCUUCAACGGGCCUAAUCCCAGCCAGCAACGACGAGUUUGCCGACUUUACAGCAUUCCAGGGAACCACAGGGUCGAGCUCGGGACUAGAUGCAAAUCUUCUAACGACGGCCACGCCGGCCAACGAUUCCUUCGACUUGUUCAAUGCUGCUCCCUCAACGGGCGCGACGUCGCCGGGGGCCACCACGGCCACAGAUCUCCUGGCGGGCCUGGGCGAUCUGUCCAUUCACCAAAGCAUGCCAAUGGCUGGAGUCGAGGAGCAGGUGUCAUUCGUGGAUGAACCUCUACCACCGCCCCCGGAAUCGGUGCGACAAGCUUUCGCCAAUGCCCAGACGAAGUUGCGGGAGUUGGAGCGGGUGCAGAGUGCCUCAGCAGCUGCCCAGGUGGCUGGUAUUUUGCGGCAGCUACAGGAAUUGAAUGCUUUGCCCGGCUUUUCCACCCCGGAGCAGUUGCUCGGCUUGGAUAGGCAGAAAUACGAUUGGACUGCGCUGGCAAACGAAGAGUUUGCGGAUCUGCUCAACCAACUGAUGGAUCUUUUCAGCCAGGAUUGGCCAGAUGCCACGCGGGACUUGGAAGUACUCAACUUGUUCAAACUGGAUCACAGCUUUGGUUUCAUUUUGGCGUCCUUUGAGACGCUCAUGAAAAAAUUAGAUCAACUGCCAGCUACAAUAAGCGGUUUUCUGGAAAGAAUGUUGCAGGAUGAGUGUUUGGUUCCCAUAUCGUUGCUGCACAUCUCCCGCCAGCGAGGAUCUUUGAUGAAACGCUAUUCCAGAACCAUUAAAAUCAUUCCGGAGAGGAAGUUGGACGAACUGGAUGCCCAGGUGAAGGGAUUUCUACAAUUGCUCAUUGGACUGCCCUCCCAUGUGGCCAAUCGUCUCGGCCGCAAUCUUCCAGGCAUAUUUUCGCCUGUUCCCUACAAGCAGCUACUACUUCGCCAGUGGCUUAAGUCCUUUCACUUCAUGGUUCAGUGCGAGAAUGCAGAGGAGUACUUUGAUUUGGCUCCUUAUGCCUGGCUAUUGUCUCAAAUCGUCAAUCUAUUUUACGACGGUCCAACCUUGGAGGGCUUUCUGAAGGUCCUAAAGGACUACGCGAUCGUCCCCAGUGGGAGAAAAUUGGUUCAGAGGAUCCUAAACGAUCUUGACCCGGCUGCCUGUGUAAAAGUAGCACAGUCGGCUCUCUCGGCGAGUCUAAACCUUUACCUUCUUCUCGGACCUGGAGCAUUAGAGGGCCCGCAUUGGAAACACUGCUUGCUUCAAAAGAUACCUCUUCAGCGCACGCCUGUGGAAAAUAAACAGUUGAAAACCCUAGCAACGUAUCUGAAUGCCACUUCUCCAACACAGGUGGAGGUGCUGUUCAAUCAACUGCUGGGAAUCUGGUCCAAACGCAUCUCUCUUCAGAAACUGAGCACCCAGGAGCACUUGGCCAUAUCCAAGUUCCUGGUCCUUGCAGGCAAAUGCCUUUGUCGCGGCCUAGACAUCGGCCUGGACAGCAAACGCCAGCUGCACGAUGGCCUCAGUCACCACCUGCAGUCCCCUGAUGCACUGCAGCGAUAUGUGGGCAUGAAAACUGUGGAACUUUUGUUUAACUUUAUGGCUAGUCCGGAAACGAAAGAGGAAGAUCGUUUGCGGUUUGAUUACACAACGUUGAAGGAUACAGCUGAUUGGCACAUCUUCGAAGAGUUUGACGACUUGGCCCAGUUCGAGUGCCCUAGUAUCGCCGAAUUGGACGAAAAGCCCAGUAAAAGGAACUCUCAUCUCUUGCAGUUGGACUUGCAGGAGUUUAUGGGCGGCUCGGAGGAGAAGAAACAGAACACUAUUAUUGCAGUUGUCAAGAAACCAGAUGUUUCCAAGAAAGACAAUCUCAAAAUGGAGCUGGAUUCGGAUGAUGAUGAGCCAUUAGAUGAAGAUGACGAUGAUCUGAAGCCCUACAGCAUGAGCAACGACAUAAGCACCACUUUGGAACAGCGUCCCAAGUUUCUACUCGACCUACUGCAUCUGCUGCGCACCAAGGUCGAGAACUAUCAGGUCUUCGAAGGGGCCUUGAGCACGGCGGAGAAACUAAUUCGCGGCCAGCUGGCCAGGCAUGACACGCAGUUGGCGCUGGACUUGCUGCAGCUGUUCCUCACCCUUGAUAUGCAGUUCUAUUACGAGAACUUUGAAGACACCCGGUUCCAGUGUUGUGUGGCCAUUUGUGUCUCGCAUCCCGGGCCUUGUGCCGAGUACCUGUGUCGUCAGUUCCACACGGACAACUCCUGCUACGCAGCCGACGUGCGCAUCCUCAUCCUGCAAGUGCUCGCUGCCUCGGCCAAAGAAUUGUCGUCCGGCAAUGAGAAGCAGGAACAAGAGCAAAUGUCAAUGGACUCCCUAGACAUUAUCCCCCCGGCAGCCAAGCAACCGCGCAAGUUUGAUCGCCUACAGGGAGAGGAGAAUCCGGCAGCUCGUCUGGCGGCUGCCCAGCGAAUCAUCCGCGAGCGUUUGAAGGCCAAGACCAAGAGAUACUUUAACAAACCCACGUCCACUGAGCGGCUGGAACGGGCCAACCCUUUCCAUCCAGUGGCCGGUACCUUUUUCUUCAGCCUGGUUAGGGGGCAGCGUACCAGGCAAAUGCUGUUCGUCAAGUACGAGAACAUAGCCCACGACAUCGAUACCCAGUUGCUGGUGAACCUACUGCACACUCUUUCCGUGGUGGUCAUGGCUUCUCAAAACUGUCCCCUGCUGCCGACAAUGACCCGUGAGAUCUUCGACCUGUGCGCCUUCGUGAGAUUCAACGCAGAGGCUCGCGUCCGGGCUGCCACGCUCCAGCUGAUUGGGAUUGCUCUGGUCACCACUCCCGCCCAUGUGUUGGGCCACCAUUUUGCAGAGUCUCUCAAUGAGCUGCAGCGUUGGUUGGAGGAUUUCAUAAGAUCGCCCUUGAUGGGCGGCGAAACAUCCGAGGAGUGUCGAGAUCUGGCCCAAAGUAUCCUAGAUACCUGCUACAAGCUAUUCGAUACAGCUGCCAUGGAGCAAGCUGCCUAGACUUAGAUAAUAACCAUAUAGGGUGGGCCUAUCUGUGAACAGAAGAUGUGUAAAAUAUAUUUUCAUUUAGAAAUACUUCACCCACGUUAAUAUACAUACACAUACUCCUUUAAGACACAGUGUCCUUGUACUUACCAUACCAUAAUAUAAAAUAUUGUUUGGAAUAGCUUAUAUAUUUCAUGAAAUUACAAUUUAUGUAUUUAAAGCCCGCCAAAGCAAAGCAUUGUAUUGCAGGUAUAUACGGAUUUAUUUUAUUUAAACUUCUUUCUUCUGUUCAUUUGUUUUUCUCCUACUGCAUAUUUGUAUUGCAACCACACACACAUCGGAUCUAAUUCCAUUUCUCGAAUAUAAAUAUAUAAAUAUGUACUUAAUUGAAAAGCAUUUCUCAAUAUUCCGGGCAUUGUGCCGCCGCCGCAGCCGCGGACCCAUUAGGUAAACAAACAAAACCCUAGCCAUUCAAUAGAAACAGCCACCGCAAUAGAUGCAUAUUUGAUCUUAUUUGUUUAAAAGCUAAUUGCACCCGACAACUUCAUUUGCUCCGCCUGAGUUGAUCAACAUCGCUUCCGAGUAGAGAACACUAACCACCAACUAGUAGUGCAAUUUCAAUCAUUAUCCAGACACUCUACUAAACAUCCAGCUUCUA